AUGAGUGUGUCCCACGACCGACAUAGGCGGGGUGCCACUCAUGCCACGGUCCCGAACGAGAAGAAUAAGCAUAUCCUAAUUGGAAUGCGAGAUGGCGUUACAGGAGAAUUCAAGCUGGUCCCCAAAGCUGAGGCUGUUGUCUCUGUCUUUGACUCGAAUUUCUUGAUAGGCGAUGGUAUCUGGGAGGGAAUCCGCGCGAAGAACGGCCGGGUUCAAUUUGCAAAAGACCAUAUUGAUCGGCUUUUUCAGUCUGCCAAAGCGAUGCUCAUGGACCUUGGUCUGUCGAAAGGGCAGCUCCUAGGGUUGAUCCACCAGACUCUAGACGCGAACGACAUGUCCAACGAGCCGCACGUUCAUAUCCGCCUCGUGGUCAGCCGGGGACUGAAAUCAACCCCAUACCAGAAUCCAUCCGUUAAUAUUGGCCUUCCGCUCAUUGUGCUCAUCCCUGAGAUCAAGCCUACCGAUCCGGCUGUCAAAGAACGAGGACUGAGGUUGAUUACCUCGCAUAUCCGACGUGGUCCUCCAGACGUGAAGGACGAGAUGUGGAACCACAUCUCUAAAGCGACGGAUGUCCAGGCAUGCAUUGGGGCUAAUGUCACCGGAGCGGACGAAUCGUUGAUGCUGGACCUUAACGGCUUUGUCAAGACGUGCAACUCAACGAAUUUUUUCAUCGUCCGUAACGGCGAGGUGUGGGCUCCCACUAAGAAUAACCAGAUGCAAGGAAUUACGCGCCAGAAAUCGAUCGAUGUCUGUCGUGCGCACGGGAUCCCGGUGCGAGAACUGGACUUUACUUUGACGGAGGUUUACGGUGCCGACGAGGCGUUCUGCACCGGGACAUUUCCCUCCCAGAUCCAUGUUACCGAAGUUGAUGGGCGACAAAUCGGCGAUGGCGUUCGGGGCGCCAUAACGGAACGAAUCCAGCAGUUAUAUGUGGAUCUGGCACGCCGUGACACCGAGCGUACUCGGGCAGAGAUCUUAGAUGAAGUGACAGGGCCUCGAAAGUCCAAGCUAUAG